UGCGUUCAAUUCUUCGUUCGGCGUCGUACGGUGCGGAUGGUCGUCGUCGGUUGGGGCUGAUCUUUCCGGGUUUUGGGCUCUUACCAUAUUCGCAGGCGCUGCGCAUGCGAAGCAAAUAGAAAAGCAGAACGAAGUGCGAAAGUAACUAGAGCAAGAACGAUAAUAACACUACCUUCGGGGUGACGAAAAGAAAAGAAAACAAACACAACUAAGUGCAGUGGAAAAUGCAUUCCAAAUAAUGGCAGAGAUUUUUACCUCGUAUUUACCUUUGUGCGUCGCCAGCAGUAUUCGGGCAACAUUUUGACUCGGACUUAGCCGAUCGCUUAUCGCUUACGCAAUAGCGUUUACCUCACCCAAUUUCGAACCGCCCACAAAACGCCGACGCCGAGUGAUUUUACUGCAGUAUCGAUUUGUUGGCCUUAUUUACAUGCGGCCUUAUCACAGUGCCUCGCAAGAGGGAGCGCCCAUUAGCACAUUCUAAAAAAGAAGGAAAUAAACCCUGCCGAGGAUUAUUCAAAUAUUUGUGUGUGCGUUUCGGCUGUCAGAUAAGAUGACCACCCGAGUGGCAUCCAGGUGCAACAGUGCCAUAAAUUGAGACCAGGUCCGCUCGGACCACUAAGCCCCAUUAGAUAAAUCGUAGAGGUUCCCCCUUGUCCCCUUAUCCCCUUAUCCGCGAUGAGCUCCCUUCGGCCGGGCAGCGUUUGCGAUACCACGCCGCUCCAGAGAUUCGAGAGCCAGAGCAGCAGUGGCGAGGAGCCCUCUUCGCCGACGGCUUCUUGCAUCUUGGCCGCCACCGCCGCCGCUGCUUCUGCUGCCGCCUCCUCCAACAAAGAUCCCCACCACAACAACAACAAUGUGAAGCUGGACCUUCAGCUGCCCACCUUCGUUGGCAACUCCGCGAGCCACGGAGCCCCGUACAUUGUCCCCAACAACAAGCCCUCGUUGCGGGGCCCCCGACAAAUCCUCGGAAGGAUUCUCAUGGACCUCUGUUUGCUCAGCUGCGUGGGCCUUCCUAUGCUGGGCUUCUCGCUGUGGGGCGAAGCCUUCAGGCGCGGCUUCUUCUGCAAUGAUUCUUCGCUGAAGCAUCCCUACAAGGAGUCCACCAUGCCCAGCUGGGUCCUCUACUUGAUCUGUGGCGCUCUGCCCUUCUCAGUGAUGCUCGUGGUGGAGUUCUUCAGAGCCCAGGACAAGCGUUCGCAUGACCCAUUUAAGAAGCACAGACUGGGCAGUGGCUAUCAUCUCUGCCAUCUCGAGUUGCCCACUUGGCUGCUGGAAUGCUAUCACAGAAUAGGAAUCUUCAUCUUCGGCUUGGGCGUGGAGCAGCUGACCACCAAUAUAGCAAAGUAUUCGGUUGGCAGACUAAGGCCGCACUUCUACACUCUCUGUCAGCCUGUUAUGCCAGGCAGCACCAAUUGCAGUGAUCCCAUAAAUGCUGGACGUUACAUCGAGGAUUUCACCUGUGCGGCAAUGGACAUAACUUCGAAGCAACUGAAGGACAUGCGCCUCUCGUUUCCCAGCGGACAUGCUAGUUUCGCCUGCUAUUCCAUGCUCUACUUAGUGAUCUACUUACAGCGCAGGAUGCACUGGAAUCGCCUGCGAAUGCUGCGGCACCUCUUCCAGUUCCUGCUGCUCAUGUUCGCCUGGUACACGGCUCUUUCCCGAGUCUCCGACUACAAACACCAUUGGUCCGAUGUCUUGGCAGGAUCUGGCAUCGGGCUCACCUACGCGGUUAUUGUGACCUCGACUAUGUGGUAAUGGGGAUCCCCGACUUCAAGGGGUUGUAAACCCCUCAACCCACCGCGCUGAGCUGCUUUCGCUUUAAGAUGUCUCGUCUGCUGAACUUUCAGUUUUAUCCUAGUUUUAACUUUGACCACGUCUGCAAAGAAGUAUAUAUUUAUCUAUGUGUGAAAGAUUUUACUUAAUAAAUUUCAGUUUAAUGUGUUUUCCCCCUAA